AUGAACGAGCUCACCGGAUUAAUGCACAAGGGAUUUAUUCGGUCCGCGAGAGCCAAUGAAUGCGCGGGAGUCUUUGAGAUGCUUCAGGGCCCGGGGAAGCCGCUUGAGUCGUUGGUAAUUUGUUUGAACCUGAGCCGUUCUGGGCGUCAGGUCCUUGGUGAGUCAUUUGAACUGCAAGUAAACUAUUUUAAGCGUGAGGGAGUUGUUCGGGAUGUUGGUAAUUGGUUUGAAGCGCGGCAAGCCAAUGGUGCCAUGGCAACAGAUAAGCACCUGCGCGCAGAACCUCAUGCCAAGAAAAACAAGGGCGCCAACAAACAGCUAGAAAACUGCACACAACAAAGAACAAAAAGCACGCGCUUGGCACCAUCCAAAAGAUACGCACUAGAGCACACUCAUGCCAAGAAAAAAGGCACUAUACAGCACGAGACAAACGAGCACUAA